AUUAAAAAUAAAGUAAUUAUGAAAUCUUUCAAGAGAGAAUAUGUCGUGCUAUUGAUGUUCGUGUUGCUAGUAUCAUCAAGCGACUCGUUAUUUGGUCCGGAUAGGGUUACGGUGAGAAUAUAUACCGGUGCAAAAAGUAAAGUUCAUCUUCUUAACCUUCAUUGCAGAUCAGGAGAUAAUGAUUUUGGUAAUAAAGCGUUAAAACCUAAAGAAUUUUUUGAGUUCAGCUUUAAACCCAACGUUUUUGGAAGGACUGCAUUUUACUGUGACUUUCAAUUUGACAACUUUCAUAUAUCUAAAGUAGAUGUUUAUGGCGGUAAAAGAGAUCUCCAUUGCACGGCAUGUUAUUGGCAGUUUCAAGAAAAAGGUCUUUGUUUCAACCAUAAACCUAGCGGCGGUAACUUUACUGAUUGUCGUGUUGAAUGGAAUGUACAUAGCCAACAUUUUAAUGGGACAUCCUAAAAGAAGGAGUUGCUGAUUUUGGUGAAGCAGAGUUACAAUUUGAUCACUUUUUUGGGUUUAGCUUUGAACCUAAUAUUUUCGGAAGAUUGUUUGAAAGAAUAAUUUGUUA